AUGUCGUCGCUCAACUUCUGCGCAGAGUGCAACAACCUCCUCUAUCCAGAGGUCGAUCGCACCAACCACGUCCUCCUCUAUGCCUGCCGCAACUGCAACUACUCGGAAGAGGCACGGCAGUCGCUCGUCUUUCGCAACGAUCUUAUGAGCGUCACAAAGGAACAACCGGGCGUCAUCGACAACCUCAUGAAGGACCCUACCUUGGCUAGAACACAGGACCUCUCGUGUCCCGACUGCGGUCACUCGGAAGCGGUAGUCUUUCAGGACCAGUCGAAACGAAUCCUCAACCGAAUGAUCCUCUUCUACGUCUGCACGCGCUGCAACCACCUCUUCCGCGACCCACCACAACAGGCCCCUACCACCGGCCCGGGACAGGUGUGGAACGACCGCAAGAAAAAGUAA